AAAGUUACCUGUUGUUUGAUUUGACAUCUAAUCGCGAGUACACUAACUGAUGGUUGAAUGAUUAUUGUCUCUUUAUGCCAAAGCUUAAAAAAAAAAAAUCUUAUCCCAUGUUUUCUUAGAGGGAACAUGCUUUCUCAUACUAAAAUCUAAAAUAAAAAUUACAAUGUUAAAGGGUAUUCCUGUAAACAAUCAAUGUAUCAAGAGCUGAUUAGUAAAGAAAAAAGAAAAAGAAAAAAAAUGAAAAAGUGCAGAAAAAAUAGGCUUUUUGUUAAUCGUACACCACCCGAAAUGUCUAAAUUCUCAAAUUAACCCUCGUAUCUGAAAAAAAAACAAGUAAAAUCCAUUUUCUUCUCUUUCAAUGGAGGAGCCUAGACCUUGCAGAAAACCCUAAAGUCCAUCUGUGAAUCUGCAUCCAAUUCCAGCAAAGAUCGUAGCCGUCCAACGGUUUUGAAAGAUGCUCUGGGCAAAAUGGUGGCCAUCCAAAGAUUCAGAAACUCAUACUCUGAAACCCCAAAUCUCACAUGGUUCUGGCUAUGCAUCGAUCCAAUGAUAUGAUAUGGAGGGUUUAUAGCUCUUUUAUUUGAUAUUUGAAAUAUUUAUGCUUCCAGCUUUUGAAAUCUAGGAUUUUUACUCUAAAAGUGCUGCUGAAGGUUAAGAGUUUUUAGUCUUUGGAGUUGGUAAGAAAUCGUGGUUUUUUUCCUUUGAAAAUGUUUUCGGUGAUCCAAUCAACGGAUCAACAGUCGAUAUGGGCAUUUAGUCCUUAAUGCCCAUGAAGAAAUCAACUGUUUGUAGAAAGAAGUCUAGGGUUCGCUUCUUUACAAUGGCUCUGGGGAUCAAAGAAACAGUCAAUUAGGGGAUUUUUAGUCUUUCGAUUUGGUGAAGAACUCUGGGGUUUUUGUUAUUGAAAAUGUCUCUGAGGAUCAAAGCGGUGGUAGAUAAGUUUGUGAAGGAGUUAAAGGAGGCUCUAGACGCAGAUAUUCAGGAUCGAAUCAUGAAGGAGAGAGAAAUGCAAAGCUACAUCGAAGAAAGGGAGCGAGAGGUUGCAGAGAGAGAGGCAGCUUGGAAAGCUGAGCUUUCGCGAAGAGAGGCUGAGAUUGCUCGGCAUGAGGCAAGGUUAAAGAUAGAGAGAGAGAACCUAGAAAAGGAGAAGAGUGUCCUCAUGGGUACUGCAUCAAAUCAGGACAACCAAGAUGGUGCUCUUGAAAUCACUGUCAGCGGGGAGAAGUAUCGCUGCCUCAGAUUUUCAAAAGCAAAGAAAUGAGAGUGGAUCCUUUGAUCAAGGAGAAGGUAUGCACAAAGUUAGUGCCUUUUCACCUUUCAUUUAAAGGUAAUGGGGAUUAUGGUAUCUCAUAUUGCGCUGACAAGUUCGUUGCCAUUUAUUAGAAAAUUUAUUGGGUUCUGUUGUAAUGGUGAAUUGUAAAUUGGUUGAGUUUAUUCCAUUAUUGCUUGGACAGGAAAUAUGCCUUUUUCUCAAUAAAGAUGUUCUUAUUUGUUGUAUGAAAAA